AUGCCGCCAGAUGGGCUCCCACCAUUCGAUGAGUCCAUCCCGGGAUGCAAGGGCGCGACGUUUCCUCCCACCAUCCCACCCACAAUUGCGGAGAUGCGGUGCAGAGGCAUCAACGAAGUCGACCGCCGCGACAUUGCUCUUCCUCUGAUCCAGCCACGGAGAACAUUCAUGCCGCCAGAAGGGCUCCCACCAAUCGAUGAAUCCAUCCCGGGAUGCAAGGGCGCGACAUUUCCUCCCACCAUCCCACCCACAAUUGCGGAGAUGCGUUGCAGAGGCAUCAACGAAGUCGACCGCCGCGCCAUUGCUCUUCCUCCGAUCGAUGAAAACAUCCCAGGCUGCAAGGGCGUCAGCUUUCCCGACGUCUAUCCACCUUCCGCCGCGGAAAUGCGUUGCAGAGGCCUCCCCGAGGGCGUGAUGCGCCGCAGCGCCGAAGACAAGAGGGCUCCAUGGACAUUUGGCGAACUUCUACCACCCAUCGAUCAGACCAUCCCGGGCUGCAAAGAUGUGGCUUUCCCGGAUAUCUACCCACCAUCCACAGCCGAGUUGAUGUGCAGAGGUGUUGUCGGCCAGGAUGGCAAGGCGAAGGUGUCGAACUAG